UUUGUUUAAUUUUUGAAGAAGUGUGCCAAUUUUUAAAAAUUUAUAGCGUUAAUAUGAGUUUGGCCAGCAUUAAACAGAAAGAAGUUAAGGGCAAAAAGAAAGUGCUGCCCAAACUGCGCAAUAUCCUGGCCAAUCCUUACAAACAGCACAGUCCUCUUUUGUCGGAGGAGGAAGUGCAGCAGUUUCGGCAGAUACUGCAAAAUGCAGUUAAAAACAGCGGCGGAGAGACCAAGUCAUUUGCCACUCGAUUUGGCAUACAUCUCGGCCUGGAGAGCUCCCUGCGCGCCAUAAACUCCCGGCGUUUCUCCUGCCUAUUGGUUUCCCUGAGCCUGCGACCAGCUCACCUCGUCCGUUUAAUGGCCACUAGUGCAUCCGUCAAGAUGCCCACGGCUCCCAUUUACGCACAGCCCAAGCUGGAGGAGCUUACCCAUGAAAUCUUUGGAGUAAGAGCGCUUUCCUUGGCCUUGCCUCUAGAUUUAAAAUCAAUAAGCGCGGACUUGGAACAGUGGAUUACUGCCCGAAAGAGGACACCUAAGCCUGCCAAGCAGAUAGCCCCAAAAACGCACAAGAAAUCCAAGAGGAAACCCGAAAUAAUCCAACCAAGUGAAGAUGAAAAAAAGCCGCCGCUACCAGUGGCUGAAAAGAAGGAUUGGGGUGACGAUUUCAUAUCCUGCUUUUCGGACAAACCCUCUGUAAAGCUGGACCGCGUGGAUGUCCAGGUGGAGACCCAAAAACUGGGCCAUGCCCUCAGUAACCUGGCUAUGAAAGCCCAAAGCAAAAAGCCGAAAGUAGAAGUCAAAUGUAACCCAGUCAAAGAGGAGAAAACGCCCAGCGUAGAGCCCCUGGAGUUAGAGCCAGAUGAAGACGACUUUCUGCCCGGAGAUUUGCAGAACUAUCGCCAUCUUACUAUCCACCAAGUACGUCCAAAUCCCGACAAGAAACCCAAAAAGAAGCGCAACAAAAAGGCCACCAAGUCCUAGAGAUGGUUGGCAACGCA